GAGCAAAAGGAUCGGAGCAUCACAGAGCAGGAGUCACAGCAGCCCCGGGACUGCAAGACGGCCGCUGGAACCCCGGAGGAUCAGACGAAAUACGUCACCGAGGAAGAGGAACUCGGUUCAGCGCCCCCUGUGUGCUGUGCACUGUAACUGCAGGCUGCAGCAUGUUCUCCUCAGUGAAAGCUUAUGAAGGCCAGCACUUCGGCUCCCUGAAGAAACAGUGUCUGCAGAGCGAGGUGCUGUUUGAGGACCCUCGAUUCCCCGCUGUUGAUGAGUCCCUCUUCUACCUGGGCAACAGGAUCGGGCGGGUGGUCUGGAAGAGACCAAGGGAGCUGUGUGAUGACCCUCACCUCUUUGUAGAUGGAAUCAGUGCCCAUGACCUACACCAGGGACAGCUGGGAAACUGCUGGUUUGUGGCAGCCUGCUCCAGUCUAGCCUCCAGGGAAUCUCUGUGGCAAAAAGUCAUUCCAGACUGGAAGGAGCAGGAGUGGGAUGUCGAGAAACCAGAUUCCUAUGCUGGGAUCUUCCACUUCCGCUUCUGGCGUUUCGGGGAGUGGGUGGAUGUGGUCAUCGAUGACCGUCUGCCCACUGUGGACAACCAGUUGGUCUACUGCCACUCCAAUGACAGCAAUGAGUUUUGGAGCGCUCUGGUGGAGAAGGCCUAUGCCAAGGUGUACGGUUGCUAUGAGGCGCUGGACGGGGGCAACACGGCCGACGCCCUGGUGGACUUUACAGGGGGCGUGUCGGAGCCCAUGGACCUGCUGGAGGGCCAGUUCGCCCAGGACGAGGCUGCCCGCAACCAGCUGUUCGAGAGAGUCCUGAAGGUCCACAACCGGGAUGGGCUGAUCAGCUGCUCCAUUAGGGCGACUACUGUGGAGGACAUAGAGGCGCGGCUGGAAUGUGGCCUGGUCAAAGGCCACGCCUAUGCCGUGACAGACGUCAGGAAGGUUCGACUGGGACAUGGGCUGCUGGCCUUCUUUAAGUCAGAGAAGCUUACCAUGAUCCGCAUGAGGAACCCCUGGGGGGAGAAGGAGUGGAGCGGCCCCUGGAGUGAUAGCUCUGAGGAGUGGAAGAAGGUGAGCAAGAGUGAGAGAGAGAAGCUGGGAGUCACAGUCCAGGACGAUGGAGAAUUCUGGAUGACCUUUGAAGAUUUUUGCCAGUACUUCACGGACCUGAUCCUCUGUCGGCUGAUCAACACGUCCUACCUGAGCAUUCACAAGACGUGGGAGGAGGCGGUAAUGAGGGGGUCCUGGGUGCAUCGGGACGACCCUCUCAGGAACCGCUCCGGAGGCUGCAUCAACCACAAAGCCAGCUUCCUCCAGAACCCGCAGUACGUGUUUGAUGUGAGGAAGCCGGAGGACGAGGUUCUGAUCUGCCUGCAGCAGAAGGAACAGCGGGCCCGACCCAAAGAAGGAAAAGUGGAAAACCUGGCCAUCGGUUUCGACAUCCACCGCGUGGAGCUGAACAGGAAGUUCCGCAUGCAUUCAGCCCAGCAGAAGGUGGCGGGCUCAAUCUACAUCAACUCCCGGUGCGUUUUCCUGAGGAAAGAGCUCAAGGAGGGACGCUACGUCAUCAUCCCCACGACCUUCGACCCUGGGCAGCAGGGCGAAUUCCUGCUCCGAGUCUUCACUGAUGUGCCUUCAGACUGCAAAGAGCUGACCCUGGAUGAACCAGCUCAGACCUGCUGGACCGGGAUGUGUGGCUACCCCCAGCUAGUGACACAGGUGCACGUGCUUGGGGCAGAAGGGCUGCAGGGCCAGGAUGCCAAUGGAGAACUCCACUGUCUGAAUCCCCAGAAGAAGAGACACAGCAUGAUGACAGGAGCCUCUGACCCGUAUGUGAUAAUCUCCUGUGAAGGGGAGAAGGUGCGCUCUCCGGUCUACAAAGACACGUGCAGCCCGGACUUCGACAUCAAAGGCCUUUUCUAUAGGAAGAGACCCAAAGAGGGCAUUCACAUUGAGAUCUACAAUAAAAAUGUGAUCGUCGACACCUUCCUGGGUCAGGUGACCCUGUUCAGCGAACCCACCGACCGGCAGGAGCAGCACACUGUCCACCUGCGCGACAAGGGCAACCAGCAGAGCAACGACCUGCCUGGCACUCUGACUGUCCGGCUGAUCACCUGCAGCCUGCUGACCAACAUCUGAGCCCCGUGCCACGCCCAUUGCAGCCUUAAAUCGCCCUCCCCCCCACCCCCCCUUCCUCUCCGGUGGCGCGAGGCUUCCCCAGGACAGCUUUUCCCUCCUCUGACAUGGAUGUUUGCGUAGCCUGUGCGUAUCCAGAAGUGGUUUCAAGGGCUACAAAUCGUCCGGGGGGGAGCACCUCUGUGUUUUUGAACGCUGCGUGGUGAUGCCCUUUCGGAUGCAUCAUCGCCGUCCGUCUACAUCAUCGACCCCCCCCCCAGGUUAAAACCCGCCCCUUCUUGGCUUUUGAAAGAACCCUGCUUAUUCCUCUCUAAAAUAACCCACUUUUCAAUGCUGUGCCCCUUUUUCCCUCAGGCACAAAAAUACUGCAGCCAAUUUUCAGCGCUUUGUCCCUGAAGAGGCUUCUCUUCUCCCCUGUUUGGGGUUGGGACAGUCUUACUGUUAGCCUAUGAAAGCCCUUUUUUGCAGGGUGCCAUUAAUUGACAGCACAUCACGUACUGUACUGUGCUAUACUACACUGUAGGGACUGAGAAUACAGACAUCUCAUCAAUGAGUUUUAUGGAUGGGUAUCUCCUAGUCUGUGGGAAUAUCAUUUUUAUUUUUUUUGCCAAGGUGACCAUGUUGUUUCGUCUGCCUGUCGUGCCAUCAAGUACCUCUCUGGGACCAAAGGCAGCCAUGCCAUGCCAUGCCAUACCAUUGCUAUCCGCCUUUUCCCCCUUCGAUUGUAUUCGCCUUCGAUGUCUGCUGAUCGCUGAGAGACAAGUGUAACUGUGGUGAGAUGGCUGUGCAUUUGACUCUCACGGUAUACCCCAGGGAUCGCAGUUCUACUGCAGAUGUGCAAUUACUGUAGUCCUCCAUUUGCUAAACAUCAAAGUAACAAGUUAAUAAGUUUUUGCUACAUGAUUGAUGAGUAGAUCACUUUUCUUUGUCGGUAGCAGAUGCCCGUGAUAAUGAAAUGUGGUUCAAAUCACAGGCGGGUGACAUAUUAAUCUGGUGCCACGAGAGGGACGCCGCGCAUCUCCAAAGAUUCUCUAAGGUACUGUAAAGAUAUACAUAUCAGUUCAUGCGCACUUCAUGGUGAAAGUCUCCAGUCCAUGCUACCGAGCGUUCCAUCACCGGAACUCCUUAACACCGGACCUCCUUAAGCCCUCAACAGUGUAAAUAGUGUCCUGGCCAGAACUCCUAAUAUGAUCCAGGAAGUAGCACAGGGAGAAUAUUCUCCCUUGUCAUCACCUCGAUCUGAUGACUCCAAGUUUGUUUAUAGGUCACCAGUAUUCGUUCUGCACAGUUUACUUCACACGUGUGUCGGUCCACAUCAUCAUGUCUUGAGUCUUGUUCUCUCCACUGUUGGCUGUAGGCCUGUGUAUUACAGACUCCUGAGUUUUCACCACAGAUUAUGUUUCAAACAACACCCCUCACCAGUUCUAACCAGUGCUCAGCAACACCACAAGUUAGUACACCAGCAAACAAUGAACUAAAAGCACUAAAAAGGUGAAUGCUUGGUCAACAUUACACUUCAUGCCCUGGCAUACGCUGUGUAAGAGGUACAUACAUAUAGAGGUAUAAAUGAAAUGAGUACCCUGAAAGUGUUUUAUUGUUGAUACUGUUGAUACUGCGUUGUAUUAUACAAAUAUACUGUAUUAUGUAUCCUAAGUAUCUUUGCAUUGUUUUACUGUAAUUUAUAUAAAGAAAGUAGUAUUUACAGUGUUAUAUCAGGUUAUAAUAACCCUCAUUUAUCAUGUGAAAGAAUAGAAAACAGAAUUAAGCAUUUCCAUUUUUUUAAAUAAUGUUGAAUGAUGUUUUUGGCUAUGUUACCCUUGUGUAAAUAGAGGGUGGUGCACGGCAUAUACCUCACCUAGCUGUGGUAGCAGAGUCGUGCAUGGAGAGCAUGUGAGCAGUUUGAGGUACAUGUAUAAUAGCUACACCAUGGCUGUGUUCGAAUCAGCGCACUUGCCUACUGUUGAGUAUACAAGUUGCAUACAACUUGUACACGACCUGUAUACUGAAUAGUAGGCAAGUGCGCUCAUUCGGACAUGGCCUGAGUCAGCUAUUCAGCUGCUAGCAUCACACCUGAAAUCACGCAGUCGAACAUGAUGUGCCACUGUCUGCUUGUGAUCUGGAAGCAUGAACUACCAUUUGGAUCAUCUGCAAACAUUGUGAUAAACUUACAUUACUGAUGAAUUUGUGGCAGUGACCGCACUCUUAAUAACUGCAAAGAUGGAAGGUGUUGGUUGUCCUGAUAAACGUAUUUCCCUUUUCAUCUCCAGUAUGUAUCAGAGUGUGGAUAUCCUGUAGUAGAUCUUCUACCCUGCUGUCACCUUGAAUGGACAGGCGAUAUAUACAUUUCAGACAAUGGUUUCAUCAAAUUUAUGAAAUGAUGAGCAAAAUUUGUGGCCAUGUAAUGAGUUCACUUUUGAAGUUAUGUACAAUUUCAGAAUAUUUCUACCCAUAAUAUAGGGGACUUUUUAGUUUACUGUGUAAUUGGGGAAGAUGGCUCAGUCACAUACCAGUUACAGUGUACAACAGUCUAGUUGAAAUAUCAGCCACGUCAUUCCUGCAAAGAGUAUUUGGUACAAAUGAGUAUUUGGUUAUUGUAGUGAGGAUUUACAGAAUCAUGUAAAGACUUACCACACUGAUCUGUAUUUAUUAUCUGUACUGCUUUGCUGUGCAAUGUGUCCCUCUGCAUAUUUUAUUGGGCAUGGGAUAACUGAUUUUCUCAGUGCCUAAAUUGCUGUACUCAAAUUGAGACUGCAGCAACCAUAAUAACACAUAUAAUGAUACACUGUACAGGCAGUGAUGUGGAACUUUUUUAUUUUUAGUUGUUUUAUGAUGAACUUGUUUACAGCUGUCAAUAUUGGCCUGUUUAUUAAGAAAUGUUUCUUCUCUUCGGGAAUUAGUUGUAUGAUUGGCAUCAGAAUAUGUGCAUGCUUAUAUAUGGAAUGGCAAAGGGGUUGAUAAGUUUUUUUGUUAUUUGUUUUUUGCUGCCAACUUGAAUAUACCUUUAUCACCUUUACUUUUCAUUGUGAGUCAGCACAAGUGUGAUGAAAGGGGUUAGAUUACAUUGGUAAAAACCCCAUGCCAAACAGAUUACUGUGGGUGAUAUUUCAACAGUAGAAAUGCCAGUGCCAAACACAUAAGCUGGGCUGUAAUCUUACAUGGCUUGGGAAUAAAUGUUCAACUCUGCUGGGAGAAACUCUAGCCAGUGAAUGCUAGUGUUUCCUUCUUAGAUUAAAGGUUUUUGAGAAACUAAUUUUGGAAGGAAUGUUCAGUCACCUGUUAUUGUACAGUAGCUAAAAUGCAUGUCUUGAAAUUUUGUGCAGCUUCAAGGUUACUCCUUGUAACACAAAAUAGUUUGACCUCAGCAUGGUCAUAUUUCACAACCAUCGCAACCACAAUUGAGCGGAGGAUAUUAAUCCCUCAAAGGAGCAGGUCACUCAGCCAGUCACUCAAUGCGAGCGCUGCAUUGAAUACUGUGCAAGAAGCAACACAGCUUCACAGAGAGCUUUUUACUGAAGCAAAUUAUAUACACUGUCUAACAUGUUAUUUUCAAAGUGUGUGAGUUUCUUUAUAAACUUACUUGUAAAUUCAAAUGCUUUAUGGAUGGAGGCCCCAGUGUUUGCAAAUUAAAUCUUCAGUAUGAACCAGGUUCACAGAGACCAUGAGUGUUACUUUAGGACAUCCAAAAGCCAUUAUAAUAAUGUCAAACUAUAAUACCUUUAUUAUCAAGGCUGUGUUCAUGUAUGUGUAUAACACACACACACACACACAUACACGCAGUGCAAUUCAUACGCAUUUGGACAGUGACACUUUUUUUAUCAUUUUGGCUCUCCAGCACAUUGGAUCAUUUGAAAUGAAACAAUGAAUAUGACAUUAAAGUGCAAACUGUCCGCUUUUAUUUGUGGGUAUUUACAAUUUUACUCCAUAUUGGGUGAUCUGUGUAGGAAUUACAGCCCUUCAGCCCUUUUUAUAUGUAGUCCCCCACAUUUUAGGGGACCAAAAGUAAUUAGUCAAUUGUCGGCUCAGCUGCAUUUUGGCUGGCUGUAUGUCAUUGCAUUAUUACUUCAUGCAUAAGAAGGCAAACAAAAGGUCAAGAGUUGAUUCUAGGUGUGACAUUUGCAUUUUGUUGCUGUUAUAUCUCAACAUGAAGACCAAAGAAGUGUUUUAUUUAAAAUCCAAUGGGGUGGAGUACAGAGCCAAAACUACAAAAAUGUUCACUGUCCAAAUACAGACUGCACUGUAUAUAGGAUAUUAAUUCUUUUUUUUUUUUUGACACAUUGGCUUAAGAUGUAUGAUUCUUAUACUGAUUUAUGUUUAAUGUUGUGAUUGCACGUGGAUGGCACUGGACCAUAGUUGAGAAUCUCUAUGUGACUGACUGUUCUAUAUUGCCUUUAGUUGGAGAGGGAAUUCCUGCUUCUCCAAUGCUAGAAUACCUCCUUUCUGAUUACAUACUUACCUGUGUGCGGAAAAAGCAUACGUUUCUUAAAUAUCUGUAGAUAUUUGACCUAAAUUGCCAAGAUAUGGAUUUAAAAUAAAUGAAAUGAAAAUAAAAUAAACUAGUUGACUUGUGUAACUGUAUGCUGUAUACUGUAUGUUGUUUUAUCUUAUAAGUGUCUCUCCUGUCAAAUUAUUUAAUUUGUUUUGUAAUUGCAUAUCUUCUGAAAUAUUAAUAAGGGACAUUUAUUAAAUUGGUCAGUGAGCCAAAACAACUUAUGGAUGAUGCCAGAUUCAAGUUUAUGUUCCCUCGCAUCCACUCGACCUGAGUUAGGUUGUCUUGUUGAACUUUUUAUGCGCAUGAAUUUUGUAAUGUUGCACAAGACAUGAAGUUCUUCAGCUUCUUACUCCUGGUAAAGUUUAUGGAAGUUUAAAGAAGAGUGGUAAUUUGCCUAAUAAAUUCAGAUGAUGUUAGCCAGGUAAUGUAAUGUAUUCAUAAUUCUGAAGACGAUUAAGACUGGAAAGACUGUGAAAGACAGAAUCUCUUAGUAACUCGUUCUCUUGUGUCAUAUGUGAAUUUCUUUUGUGAAUAAAAUCAGCUAUAUUCAGAGAGUGAGCCAAUAAAACUCUCGAGUAGUUUUCUGAUGUUAGACCUGCAAAAUAUACUGCAUGAUAACAUUCAAUAUAUUAAUGGAUAUUCGUGUCUUUUUUAUGCACAUCUUUUGUCAGUAUUUUGUACUUUUUUGUUGAAUCUUCUAUAUCUGUUCUAUCUUGGGUUCAAAAUACAUGUUUUUUGUCAAAUUCUGAAAGCUGUACCUAUAAUUGCACUCUUAUUUGAAGUAUUUGUUCAGUACUCUUUAGGGUCACACUGUGGUUAUUUUAUAUUUAUUGCUUAUUUUAAUUUUUUAUUAUUAUUCAUAUUUUUUGUAUUUUGUCCAUUGGUGGCAUGACUUUUAAAUAAAAGUGAAAAUUCCAAU